GCUUUUCUUUCUUUCCGCUCCCUGAACCGGAGACAGGCCACCACAAGGUGUAAUAGCAUUCAACAUGGGCGGAAUGAAGUACGUUCUCGUGUCAGGAGGCGUCAUCAGCGGCGUGGGAAAGGGCAUUAUUGGUAUGAUACUGCUCCCCUUGUCGCGCUGUGCUGCAACGAGACUUACGCGAUGAAGCCUCUUCCGCGGCUCUGCUGCUUCAGACUAUGGGUCUGAAGGUCUCCAGCAUCAAAAUCGACCCAUACAUCAACGUCGAUGCGGGGCUGAUGAACCCACGCGAGCACGGCGAAGUCUACGUCCUGGACGACGGCGGCGAGGUCGACCUUGAUCUGGGCAACUACGAGCGAUACCUGAACAUCACCCUCACGCGCCAGAACAAUAUUACGCUGGGAAAGAUCUACAAGAACGUGAUUGACAAAGAGCGGAACGGCGAGUAUUUGGGAAAGACCGUGCAGGUUGUGCCACACGUCACCGGAGAAAUCGAGCAAUGGAUCGCCCGAGUCGCCAAAGUGCCCGUAGAUGGCAGUGGUGAGGAGCCAGACGUGUGCAUCAUCGAGCUGGGAGGCACUGUUGGAGACAUCGAGAGCAUGGCAUUCGUGGAAGCACUUUGCGAGCUGCGUCGAAAGGCAGGCCGCGACAACUUCAUGCAAAUUCACGUCUCCUAUGUCCCCGUCAUCCACGGCGAGCAGAAGACGAAGCCAACACAGAUGGCCAUCAAAGCUGUGCGAUCAGCUGGUCUGAUCCCAGACCUCAUCGCGUGUCGCUGCGAGAAACCAUUGGAUCCCAACGCCAUCGACAAGAUUGCUCGUUUCUGCCAGGUGGAGAACCAGAACGUUUUGGCUGUCCGAGACAUGCCUUCGACAUAUCAGGUGCCGAUCCUGCUUCACGAGCAGAAUCUCGUCCAGAUGAUGACCUCCACCCUGCGCUUAGAUGCACUCACCUUGUCACCAGCAUCGCUCGAAAAGGGCGAGCAGAUCUGGAACACCUGGCGUGCCCUCACCUUGGGUCUGGAACACGUGCACGAAGAGGUCGAGAUUGUCCUGGUCGGCAAAUAUCUUGAGCAGCCAGAUGCCUACUGUUCUGUCAUCAAGUCUCUCGAGCAUGCUGCUAUGUACUGCCGCAAGAAGCUGCGGGUCAAGAAUGUUGAUGCUGAGCAUCUGGAAAAGCAGACAAAUCGCAGCGACCCCGCCGCUUUCCACAAGGCCUGGCACGAUGUGUGCACCGCUUCUGGCAUCCUCAUCCCUGGCGGCUUUGGUAGCAGAGGCACCGAAGGCAUGAUCGCUGCCGCGAACUGGGCGCGAGAGAACAAGGUUCCUUACUUUGGCGUGUGUCUGGGUAUGCAAAUUGCGGUCAUUGAGUUUGCGCGGUCAGUAUGCGGUGUGACACUGCCGCAGGCUACCUCGUACGAGUUCGAUGGCACGGACUCCGACCGAGUCAUUAUCGACAUGCCUGAACACAAUCCAGGCCAGAUGGGCGCUACCAUGCGACUGGGGAUCAAACCAACUUAUUGGCAGCCAAACACAGAGUGGAGCAAGCUCCGCGCCCUCUACGGGCUGAAGAACGACAGUGUCAUGGAACGACACCGACAUCGCUACGAAGUCAACCCAGAGUACAUCGAGCGCCUCGAACAGCACGGGUUGACUUUCAUCGGAAAGGAUGAGACCGGUGUGCGAAUGGAAGUCAUCGAGCUGAAGGAUCAUCCUUACUUCGUGGGCGUGCAGUUCCAUCCUGAAUAUCUCAGUCGUGUAUUGAGCCCAUCUAAGCCCUACUUAGGGUUCAUCGCCGCGAGUGCCCGAAUGCUCGACCAAAUCACACGCAAGGGCAGCUCUUCCGGACGAAUCUCACCAAUCUUGGGCAUGCUUGAGGAGUCCAACAUCAGCAAUGGUCAUGUCAACGGUAACACUCGAUGAGGACCGUCUGGCACUCCACGCGAUCCGUGGGCCAUGCGCGUACCUCAAUUGUACCGACCGCCUACUUGAUUUUGGAGCGACGCUCUUGACUUAACGAAGCUUUGGCGUUCAGGGUUUGGCGUGGAUGACGAUGAAAAAGAAGCUAGAUUACGGCGUAAGGGACCUGGCUGCAGGAUGCAGCGCACAUGGCUGGCACGCCAAAGAUACCAGGUAUUCAAACUUAGAGUUCACAGCCUUGACCGAUUUUCCUCUCACCGACUCCCUCCUUGCUCGAUCUAGCGUUGCCACAGGACCACCAAUCUGGUCAGCCGGGCUUGCUGAGACUUCGCCUAGUGGUGCUCCAACACACAACCGGGGAGUGUUUCCAUGGCCACCUUGGCAACAACCACGAGCCCGCAGCAAUGCCACAGUCUGACUUUAAGUGUUUGAACCAACGCCAAGAAAUGUCCUCACUCAGACUAGGCUGGCCUGACGCGAACUGGCUCUGGUGCUUGAGGGACGACCAUGAUCCUGCCCGAAGGUGUCGAAGGGCGUCACAAUAACACACAUCCUCAUUUUGCUGGGCGUCAAUGUGGACCGACACGGCGCGACAGAAGUCACAAGUAGUGAAUGCAGGCGAUGCCGUCACAAAGGCGGGCGUCCUGGGGAACUCUAUCGUCCCCGGUCAGAGACAUCCCACCCGCCGGACCGACUCUCCGCGAAUAGGCGCAUUCUUGAUGCGACUCGGAUUCUCUAUGCCGGUUGUUGCAAAACCGGAUCUCACCAUCCGUACCGUUAAUAGUCGUAGCACGAGAGCCUGAGCCAUCCCGCAAG